ACAGCCGUCCAAAUUCAAUCCCUAGUAUCACUAGUUCUACUACCCUCCAUCUAAAUAUUCCCUUCUAUAUUUGCGCCAUUCAAGAAUUCACAAUUCAUCUCUGUAGACUGUACCAUUACCCAGAAAUUAACAAAUCAAUCUUUCUCUAAUUUAGGGCUUAAAAUAGCUUUAAAAUUGGUCCAAGAGGUCCCCUUUGUGUCAGAACCAAAAUCUCAACUUCCAUUAAACUGACUUGUGUCAGAGUUCGUUAGUACUAGGAUUUUACUUCCUCUCUUACAAAACCCUAAUUUCAUUUCUUUUCUUGAAUAUAUGGUUUUUCUUCAGUCAUGACUUCUAAGAAUGAUAAGCUUAUUAAAUCAAAGAAACAAUCUAUUACUAAAACUAGGUUUACCCGUAAGUUUAUAUCUUCACUUUUUAAGAUGAGAAGAGCUAGUAAUAGAGUUGUUGCUUCCUCUUCUGUAUCUUCUUCUAAUCAGCGAAUUCGUCGGACAAGCCGUAGAAUAAAGAUUUCUGCUUAUCUAUCUAUGGCUCGUGCCGUCGGGUCGAAAAGGUUUUGGAGCAGAGCUCUUCUUUUGAAGCUUAGGAAUCGAACGGGCCGGAUAUCAAGAAAUAAAUGGUUGGUUUCAAAGAAGAAAAAGAAAGUUAUAAUAAAAAAUAAGGGUUUGAGGGAGACGAGUAAGGUCGAUAAGCUUCGGAAACUUGUUCCCGGCGGGGAAAGUAUGGACUUUUGUAGGUUAUUGGAGGAAACUGCACAUUAUAUGAAAUGUCUUGUUACUCAAGUUACGGUUAUGCAAAGCAUAGUUGAUCAUAUUUCAAGAUAAUCAAUUAAGCAGAAGACUACAUGGAAAUCCGUAAGUAUGAUAUCAAACUUAUAUAAAGUAAUAUAAAUAUCAUAGUAAAGGUAAAGGCAUACAGUUUUUAUUGAUCAUAGUUUAGAUUUAUUUGUCUAUCGAAAGACAAUUUAUAUGUCAAAAACUCAUAUAUUGAGUUUUUCUGUUUCUAUUGUACAUAGAUAAAAUUUCAAUCUGACUAAAUACAAUUGCUUUCAGUA